AUGUCUCUCUCUCCCUGCCAGGCCCGGAGGGGCUUCAGUGCUCGCUCAGCCUGUUCUGCCCAAUCAGUGGGCCGAAGCAGGGCUGGCUUCAGCAGCAGGAGCCUCAGUUCCUUUCGGGGGUGCCGAGGAGGCUCUCGUGGAAGGACCUGGGGUUCGUGGGGAAGGCUAGGGGUGCAGCUUGGGGAGGGGAGUGGUGGGCCUGGGCUUUCCCUGUGCCCUCCGGGAGGCAUCCAGAAAGUGACCAUCAACCAGAGUCUUCUGACGCCACCGAAGAUUGAGAUCGACCCCCAGUUCCAGGUGGUUCGGACUCAGGAGACCCAACAGAUCAGAGUCCUCAACAACCAGUUUGCUUCUUUCAUUGACAAGGUGAGGUUCCUGGAGCAGCAGAACAAGGUCCUGAAAACCAAGUGGCACUUGCUGCAGCAGCAGGGGUUGAGUGAGAGACCCCAGGGCCUGGAGUCUUUCUUCGAGGCCUAUCUGGUCCAGCUCAAGACACAGCUGGAGCGGCUGCAGAGGGAACGAGGGCCUCUGGACGCCGAGCUGAAGUCCUGCCAGGGCCAGGAGGAGGAGUAUAAAGCUAAGUACGAGCUUGAGGCCUAUAAGCGUGCCACACUGGAGAAUGACUUUGUGGUCCUCAAAAAGGAUGCAGACGGGGUUCUCCUGAGCAAGAUGGAGAUGGAAAGCAAGGUGGAGGAUCUGAAAGAGUACAUCUGCUUCCUGAAGCAUCUCUAUGAAGAAGAGCUGGGCCAGCUGCAGACCCAGGCCAGUGACAUGUCCGUGGUGUUGUCCAUGGACAACAACCGCUGCCUGGACUUCAGAGACCUCAUCGCCGAGGUCCGAGCCCGGUAUGAGGAGAUCACCCGGACCAGCAAAGCCGAAGCCGAGCUGCUGUACCAGACCAAGUACCGGGAGCUUCAGGCCUGUGCCCAGCUUCACGGGAACAGCAUGAAGGAAACCAAAGUCCAGAUCACUCAGCUGCAGCAGACAAUUAAGAAGCUGCAGAGUCAGAUUGAGAACGUCAAGAAUCAGAACGCCAGCCUGCAGGUCGCCAUUGCUGAUGCUGAGCAGCGUGGGGACCUAGCCCUCAAGGAUGCUCAGACCAAGCUGGCCGAGCUGGAGGCCGCCCUGAGAACUGCCAAGCAGGACAUCGCGCGGCUGCUGCGUGACUACCAGGAGCUGAUGAGCGUGAAGCUGUCCCUGGAUGUGGAGAUUGCCACCUACUGCCAGCUACUGGAGGGCGAGGAGUGCAGGAUGUCUGGGGAAUGUGCCAGCCAGGUGACUGUCUCUGUUGGGGGAGGCAGCACCGUCGUGUCUGGAGGAGCAGAUGGUGGCCUGGUGGGCACUUGUGGACUUGGAGGCGGGAAAGGCAGCUUUGGGUCUAGUUGCUCCAGCGUCGUGAAGGGAGGCUCCAGCAUCGUGAAGGGAGGCUCCAGCAUUGUGACCGGUGGCUCCAGCAUCAUCCUGGGCUCUGGGCAGGGCCCUGUUGUGGGCUCUAGCUCUGUGUCUGGCUCUUCCUCUUGCUCCACCAGCCACACUAUCCUGAAGAAGACGGUUGAGUCAAGUCUGAAAACGUCUGUCACAUACUGAGUGACCAGAGGCCACCUACUCACCCCUGCUUUCCCGAGCCCUCUUAGGUCUUCUUUCAUCCUCAUCACUCCCACCCCUGCGCUGCCGACUCUGCGUCCACUGCCCACAGCCUGAGCCGGCCACAGGGGACUCUGCAGAAGUCCGCGGGUCCUGCCUGCUUGCUGUUCUGAAUGCUCGUCCAGUCUAGCCUUGCUCUGCAUGCUAAUUUGCAUCUUUAGUUGUCUGCUGCCGGCCCCAACCAAGGAGCACAGGGCCCAGCCUCAGCCCACCAGCCAGCCUUGUCCUCCCCUCUCUCUGCAGCCUUCGACCGAGCUGGGAAAACUCCUGAUUGGGCUUGGCGAGAUUGCAUCUCCAUCCCAAGGGAGCGGGUCGAGGCCCACUGACCAGAACCUGAGGGCUGGAACCAAGGGCCACACCUUUGCCUUCUUCACCUGCCUCUGGGCCACCAUUUCCGUAUUUCUGUCCAUUUAUUCUCUGUGAAAUAAAGCAGCACCCAGCUCUCCCUGCAA